AGAGGAAGUACAGUGGAGAGGGGAGGGACCGAGGGCAGAGUUCCAUGGGGCUGCCGCGGCGCUUCGAACUUCUGCACAUGGAGCGGGGGAGAGUUGGAAGAACUUCAUAUUGCAAACUCAAGGAAUAGCAGAGUACCUGCACCGAAUGGAGAUGGAGGAGGCACAGGACAUGUCUCAGAUGCCAGGCAGGGACAGCCCCCCUCCCAAUGAUGUGUCUGAAGACCAAGAUGAGGCCAUGCUCGUCCCAGAGGACCUGUCUGCCAGCUCCAAUUUGCAACACAACAAUAGGGGUGACAAAGGAGGCAUGGCCUGUAACAUUAAAGUUGAGGCUCGCAGUGACGAGGAGAAUGGGCUCGCCUUUGACAUGAUGAUGAAUGGCGAGGAGGAGGAGGAGUGUGCGGAAGACUUGCGCGUGCUCGAUUCCUCGGGGGCCAAAGUGAACGGCUCCCAUGCAGGCGGCCCCGGCAGCAAGGGCCCCUACUCCUCGGCCGGGGGUAUUCGCCUGCCCAACGGGAAGCUCAAGUGUGAUAUCUGUGGGAUAGUUUGCAUUGGCCCCAAUGUGCUGAUGGUGCACAAGCGAAGCCACACUGGAGAACGUCCGUUCCAGUGCAGCCAGUGUGGUGCUUCUUUCACCCAGAAAGGCAACCUACUGCGCCACAUCAAGCUCCACUCAGGAGAGAAGCCCUUCAAGUGUCACCUGUGCAACUACGCCUGUCGCAGGAGAGACGCCCUCAGCGGUCACCUGCGCACCCACUCCGUUGGAAAACCCCACAAAUGUGCCUACUGUGGGCGGAGCUACAAGCAGCGUAGCUCUCUGGAGGAACACAAGGAGCGGUGUCACAACUAUCUCCAGUGUAUGGGGCUGCAGAACAGCAUCUAUACAGUAGUAAAGGAAGAAAGCAACCAGAAUGAGCAGAGGGAAGACUUAAGCCAGACGGGAUCUGAGAGAGUCUUGGUGCUAGAAAGACUAGCUAAUAAUGUAGCCAAACGUAAGAGCACUAUGCCACAGAAGUUUGUAGGUGGGAAGCGUCUCUCCGAACUCUCCUUCGAGGGCAACCCCGGGGAACUGAUGCAGCCUCAUGUCAUCGACCAGGCCAUCAACAGCGCCAUCAGCUACCUGGGUGCCGAGUCUCUGCGACCUCUCAUCCAGACCUCCCCAACCUCCUCUGACGUGGGGGUCAUUGGCUCCAUGUACCCCCUCCACAAGCCGCCUGUAGAGGGCCAAGGGGCGGGGGGCCACAGCCUGUCAGCCAAGGACAGCGCAGCUGAGAACUUGCUGCUGCUCGCCAAGUCCAAAUCAGCCUCCAGCGAGAGGGACGGCUCCCCCAACCACAGUGGCCAGGAUUCCACUGACACGGAGAGCAACAAUGAAGAGAGGGCAGGUGGCGGGGCAUCGGGCCUCAUCUACCUGAACAACCACAUCACGCCUGCGGUACGUAAUGGCGUGCUGCCCCUGGCGAAGGAGGAGCAGCAGCGGCAGUACGAGGCCAUGCGGGCCAGCAUCGAGAUGGCCUCAGAGGGGUUCAAGGUGCUGAGUGGAGAGGGGGAGCAGUUGAGGGCAUAUUGCUGUGAACACUGCCGCAUCCUCUUCCUAGACCACGUGAUGUACACCAUCCACAUGGGCUGCCACGGCUUCCGAGACCCCUUCGAGUGUAACCUCUGUGGCCACCGCAGUCAGGACCGUUACGAGUUUUCCUCACACAUGACCCGAGGGGAGCAUUGCUACUGAGUGGCCCACUGAACACACACUACCACAUGAACACACACACGCACGCACACACAGACAUACACCCACACACACUUGCUCUAUGAAAGUGGCGAUUUUUAUACGUUGUCAAGAAAUUGCAUGUUUGAAAAACAAAGAACAAGACUAGUUUAUGUUAAUUUCACAUGUUCAGGAGAAAAAGGGAAACGAUUCCUCCAUCUGCUUUUUAGAAAACAAAAGGUGUUAAAAUAACUGUUCAGUGAACAAAACAAACAACUUUAGAAAUGAUUGUGCCUCAGCAGUAAGUAUUAUGUGUCACAUACUGUAUAGUUUUAAGUCAUUGAUCUACCCUUUGAUGUCUGUAUACAUUAAAUAAAUGUCUGUUUUCUGAUAGCCUACCUGGAGGAAUAUCUGAUAGCCUACCUGGAGGAAUAUCUGAUAGCCUACCUGGAGAAAUAUCUGUAUACUUUAUUCUAAAGAAUACAAUCAUCCAAUAAAGUUGGCUUUUAAAUGGCAAGGUAUUGCUUGACAUUUACGUAAGGGAUAAUCAACAAGGGGCUAUGCGUUCUAUGGAAAAUAAUGAAUGUUGUGGAAGGUGUGUUCCACAAUGCGGUAGAGGAGAGGAACUAAACCUUCCACUGAGUUGCAUUAUUAUCCAGAGAACGCAUAGAGCACCAAGUUGAAUAUCUCUUUUAUACCAUGGCUAUAAUUUAGCACAUUUGCCACAAGAAAUGUGUUACUUUGCAGGUAGAAAUGUGUUCAACAUUCACUGUAGAGUUUACUACAACUAAAGUAGUUGCUGUGGUAACUAAACAAACAGACUUUUUAAAUUUAACCAGGCAAGUCAGUUAAGAACCAACUCUUAUUUACAAUGACGGCCUACACCGACCAAACCCAAACUACA